AUAGACAUUUGGCUAUCCUCGUGAUAUCCAAUUCGGCAGUAAAGCCACCCAGACCACGGACAUGAGCCGGAGCCGGAGCCGGAGCCGAAGCCGGAGCCGAACAGUGGCGCUUCCGGGACCCGACUUUCCUGAUGAACAAUCUGUGUCCUCCCUGCGCCUGAAGCUGGGCAACCUGAUCUACCACGACCGGAGCCUCCGGAUCCGGCGCGAAUUCCGACAGCGCGAGGCGGCCCGCGCCGUGGGCCUGCGGGCGCACGACUUCACUGCCGAUCCCCCGGACACAAGCCUGUCGCGCAUCACUGACGAGGCGCGCCAGGCGGUGCCGCGCUUCGACGCCCACGAGAUCCUGCCGGAGUUGUCAUCAGGCGGCGGCGCAGGCCGGUCUGGUUUCGAGCACCUCACUGCUGCUGCUCAGCUUCGUGGGCUUUGCCGGCGGCUGGCGGGUGCGGUUCAGCCGAGCGCGCACCACCGAUGCCCAGUUCCAUUUGGCACCCGGCAGGACCAAGAAGGUCCGCAUGAUGCACCAGUCGGGCCGUUUCUUGCUGGCCGACUGUCCUUCGCUGGGCGCCAGCGCAUUGGUGCUGCCGUACCGACACUCCGGCGCCGUCAUGGUGCUCUUCCUGCCCCAAGACCCGGAUGGACUUGGCGCACUCCAGGAAGAGCUCAGUGCCAGCACAUUCGAGCUGCAGUUCCGCGAGUGCGACGUCGACGUCAGCCUACCCCGGUUCCGGCUGCGACAGGUGACUGACUUGAAUCGUGUUCUUCCCGCCCUGGGCGUGGAGGACGUGUUCACGGAGCGCGCUGACCUGUCCGGCCUCAGCUUGGCCAAAGGGGUGCGGGUGACGCUGGCGCGUCACGCGGCCUGCUUCAGCGCCAGCGAACGCGGCGGCAAGCCACGCCAACCGAACGUUGCCCCCGUGGAAGCGAGGGCCGAGACGUCGGCCUCCUCGGCCACUUCGACGACCUCUGGCGCUGGACCGGCGCCCGCACAGCUGGCGUCGGACGCUGACAACACCGCAGGUCCCGACGCCAAACACUGUGAGCGGCGCAAGUUCGUCGUCGACCACCCGUUCAUGUUCCUCAUCUUGAACAACGACGUCGACUUCUUUCUCCUCUUCGGACUCGUGAAGAAGUGAUCGUCUUUAGGCUGCCGUGCGACGCGCGCUCUGAACUGCGCGCACCAUGCAUUUGUACAAAGCUCUGAGGUAUACAGAAA